GAAUCCAGCAGAAACUCCUGCGUUCAUAGUGGUAGAAAUUUGAACUACACGAUGGUGAUGUUUUAAAAAAAAACCAGAGCAGUUUUCAAGUUUCCGGAAAAUUUUCGUGAUUUUUUAGUUGAUGUAUAAAUUUCAUUGGAAAAUAAUGGACGAAUCAGAGUUGGAACCGGUGACGGAGAACAUCCUUGUUCGCCUUGAAGACAUACUUGAAUAUGUGGGCGAUUCUGUUAGGCCGAUUAGAGAAGGAUUAGCCGUAUUGAGCGCCAACCACAUAGUGUGUAUAGGCUAUACCGGACGAUCUGGUGCACAUGUUCUUGUUAAAGGAUACGUAUUGCAAAGCUCGCACCCAGGAGGAAUACCACACGAAGUUUCUUUAAAAAUUUGUGAAAAUCAUCCGUUAUGGGAUCUGAAUUGUUCAUGUAAAGCUGGUACGAGGCGAUGUAAACACAUUGUGGCCUGUUUGCUGCGGAUCAAUCAAUUCAAAAGACUCGAACACAUUUCUUGUACGGAUGCAGUACAAGCUUGGGGCUGCUCAAAAAUUGAAAAAAUAAGUCUAUGGGGUGCUAAGCCGAUUGCAGACUUAUGUUGUGUGAGACACAGGAAAUUAAUCGUUUGCAGUGAUGUUAGUAUGAAAGAAACGCUGCUGUCAGAUGCCCUGAUGAAAAUAUUAGCAGUUUCACCGCAGUCUGCAAUCAGCAAACAUAUGAUUGGACGUCACACAAAUGUAAUCGAUUUUCGUACCGGCAUAAGUUCAAAUACUUGUACAAACAAUGGUGCAUACUGCACCGAGCAGGAACUGAAUGCUACUCUCUUUGGCGAAAACCAAAUCAAAAAAUCUAGUGAAAAAUACUACUUUGAUCAAUCAAAUCAAAACUUCUACGAAAAAUUUGUGUGUGUGACGAAACAACAGAUUUUGAAUAUUGCGAUGGAAACUUGUGCACAAAACAACAAAACUUGGAAAGCACAGCGAUCUUUGCGUAUAACAGCAAGUUCAUAUUAGUUUUACGUUUCGUCUUUGACUCAUCAGUGCAGAGCAGUUCAAAUUGAACUGCUUAGUGCUAAACUCGGCAGUUCAAUUUGAACCGCUAAGCAGACGUAAAGUUUCUGCUACUUACAGAACACUUUUUGUUUUGCAACGGAGUGCAAUGUCUUUUCUGACGUGCCGAACGAAAACGUGUUUUCGACUAUUUCUGGCCGAUGCAGGUAUGGUCAUUUAGGGGUUAGCCAAAUUUUGUGCUAGGGCACAUAACCGUUUUUAUUAGUUUUACGUUUCGUCUUUGACUCAUCAGUGCAGAGCAGUUCAAAUUGAACUGCUUAGUGCUAAACUCGGCAGUUCAAUUUGAACCGCUAAGCAGACGUAAAGUUUCUGCUACUUACAGAACACUUUUUGUUUUGCAACGGAGUGCAAUGUCUUUUCUGACGUGCCGAACGAAAACGUGUUUUCGACUAUUUCUGGCCGAUGCAGGUAUGGUCAUUUAGGGGUUAGCCAAAUUUUGUGCUAGGGCACAUAACCGUUUUUAUUAGUUUUACGUUUCGUCUUUGACUCAUCAGUGCAGAGCAGUUCAAAUUGAACUGCUUAGUGCUAAAC